CUCCCUGCGAGCCGGCCCCGCGGCCAGGCGGGCGGCGCCGGGGCGCGGCGCCAUGAAGCUCUACAGCCUCAGCGUCCUCUACAAAGGCGAGGCCAAGGUGGUGCUGCUCAAAGCCGCGUACGACGUGUCUUCCUUCAGCUUCUUCCAGAGGGCCAGUGUCCAGGAGUUCAUGACCUUCACAAGUCAGCUGAUUGUGGAGCGCUCGGCAAAAGGCAGCAGAGCUUCCGUCAAAGAGCAAGAGUAUCUGUGCCAUGUCUAUGUCCGGAAUGACAGUCUCGCGGGUGUGGUCAUUGCUGACAGUGAGUACCCGUCCCGGGUCGCCUUCACCUUGCUGGAGAAGGUACUGGAUGAGUUCUCCAAGCAGGUUGACAGGAUAGAGUGGCCGGUGGGGUCCCCUGCCACAAUACAGUACACGGCACUGGAUGGUCACCUCAGCAGAUACCAGAACCCUCGAGAAGCAGACCCCAUGACUAAGGUACAAGCGGAACUAGACGAGACCAAAAUCAUUCUGCACAACACCAUGGAGUCUCUGUUGGAGCGAGGUGAGAAGCUAGAUGACCUGGUGUCCAAGUCGGAAGUGCUGGGAACACAGUCUAAGGCCUUCUACAAGACUGCCCGGAAGCAGAAUUCAUGCUGUGCAAUCAUGUGACGCAGCGUGCGCGGCCACGCGGGGCCGUCACCGUCAUCGCAUCAGGACCGCAGCCCGGAUGGGAGAGGCCCCAGGGGGGGCCGCCUGGCCAUUUUUAUUCUGGAAUUUCUAGAAGGACCCACGGGGUGGUGGAAGGGUGGGGACAUUCGCAUUCAUAUGUCUGGUGAUUUUUCGAAAGAAUCUAAGACCCUAACGGUGUAUUUUUGGGUAAAUGAAACCAUAAACUCUGAGUGGCUCCUGUGGAUACUGAAGGGCUGAUUCCCAGCACCCCGGAAGUUCAGAGCCAGCUCUUGUUUGAUCCCA